AAAAAUAUUUCUGUUGAAGAAUUGUAAAAGUCAAAUCUCCUGAGCCUAAAACUACUGCUGUCAGCACCUGUGAGACCUCUUCAUCCAUCUAAAACUUACCAGGAGACUGUUAGAAAACCUCCGAUAUAUUCAGAGACAGUCUAAGUGACUGUGGAAUGCCUCAAGAGCAGUAGGAAUCAAAUAGAAACAAGUACCUACUCAAGCGUGGAGUGAUGACGGAGGCACACCUCAAGUACCAUGGAACUCUCACUGGGUGGACCCAUUUCUCCACCCCAGCAACAGAGGUUAACACCACUUUAGAUAAGUAUUCCAACAUGUACAUAUAUGUGGGCCUAUUCCUGAGCCUCCUGGCCAUUCUCCUCCUGCUGCUCUUCAUAAUGCUCCUUCGGCUCAAACAUGUCAUCUCACCCAUCAACUCUGAGAGCACAGAAAGCGUUCCUGAAUUCACAGAUAUAGAGAUGCAGAGUCGAAUUCCCAUUCAUUGAAGCUAUCAUGAAGAUGAGUUUUAGUGGAUCUCAGUAAACUCUUGUAUGUUGGUGAUGUCCAGGAAAGCUUACCUUUAUUGCAUGCAGCUUCCCAUGUAGAAAUCAAGACGUUGUUCAUUUAACAAAACGUUGUUUGUGUUUUCUUUGUGUUAUUCUUUAUCUUGACUUUAUUUGUCGGAUAACUAAGAGGUUUAAUACUCAUUCUUUGCUAGGAAUAUAAAAAAAUGGCAGCAGGUGGGAGGGCAGGUUUCCAUAGUAACCAAAGAACCAGAUCCUUGAGCAAACCUCAGACCACAGAAAUUCAUAUGCAGCUGUUGUAAAAAAACACAGGAUCCCUGCAACUACAAUAACAAGGAAAAUUUGCCUUCAAAGGGGCUGAUUGUUCAAAGAAGGUUACCCAAGAAAAAAACAAGUUUGACCCUAAAGAAUCACUUUAGCUACUGGCAUGAAGCUAAAUCAUGUCAGAAGUCAAUGGAAGGGACCAUGAACCCAUUCCCAAAGGAGUGAUUUCAUCAUCUAAGGCCAUUGGAUUUGAACCAAAUGAAAGAAAACAUUUAAAGAAACUGUUUCAGUUUUAAGAGCAAGUUUGCAGAAAGAAGUUUCCACUCAACAAAUUCAGCUAGAGAGGGAAAAUGUGCAUUUUAUAUCUGUGUUAUUACUAUUACUAGGCUUUUAAAAACUCAGGUAAUGACAGAUGUAUUACAAAAAUCUGGAACAAUGAGAUUCUCCCAAACCAAGGGAAAACUAAGUCAAAAUGUGCUCAUGACAAUUAACCUUACAUUAUACAUGCAGUUUUGUUUCCUCUUUCUCCCUCCCAAUCACGCUCCCGGGUUGGGUUGACAUAAACAUGAGCUUUGUUUAAAGAUGACCCUAGCAAAGAGGACUCAACUUUACUUGGAAGCAGAAAUGAAAUAAUAUUGGUAUUUUUCUGUCAAAUUAUUGUGGCUUUGGACAAAACAUUCAAGCUUCUGGAUGCCAGGUUUUUCUUUCUGAAAAAAUGAUCAGAGAACUAUUUAGUCAUCACCAGACUCCUUUUAGAUCUGAGUGUAAGAAAAACAGAGACAAAGGAGGAAAGGACUAAAUAACAACCCCCAACAAAUCUUUACCAAGAUAAACAUCCUCAAAUUGACAUUUGUCUUUCCCAGAAAGUGUUCCUCCCUUCCUGAUCCCUGGCAAAAGAUGAAGUGUUUCACUUAUUACCUAUAAGAGAAAUAUAUUUUGAAAAAUUCAAUUUUCAUGAGUAGUCCUGGUAUGCCAAUAGUGGAAAAAGAUUAAUUUUUUAAGAAGCCAAAUGUUCCAAGAGGGAACCAUAUUAGAAUUUGGAAGGGUGGUCAUAUUUUUGCCACCAAAGAACUAGUACACCUGUGUUAAAUUCUACCUGCUUAAAAAAAUCAAUUAUCUCUUGCACCUAAAAAGUUGUCAUCAAAUUUCACAGGAUGCUCCCUCAGCAACUACAGUGGAAGUGAGAGAGAAAUGGAAUGGAAAUUAGGUUAAUGUCAGCUCCACCCAGACAUGCAGCUCUCUCUAGUUUGUUACCAAUUUAAAUUGUCCCUUUUGUUCUAAAUCUAGCUUGGUGGUGAAAUUCCCAAGUGCUUCCUACUUUCAUACAUUGUCAUUUGGCAAUACUCCCCUCUCCAAGGGGCUGCAAGUGUGUAAUCCCUACAUGCAGAGCUAAACUUAGCAGCAAGGCUGACUCUGGCACACCUGUUACAACAGUACAGUUAAGAGCUGGCAGCUGCAUUCUGCACCAUUCAGAAUAGAUCAGCAGGUAGGCUAAAACAGAUAAGACAUACACUUCCCUUUUGGCGUUAUAUUUUCCCAAAUGAAAAGUCACUCAUAUUACUACAUUUGGUGGUUUAUGUUGUGUCUUUAUUCAACACCCAGACUCCAUAUACUCUAAAAUUUUAGUUCUUGGCAGCCAUACAUGGACUUCCUCAAAGGCUGGCAAUAUACCCCAGAACUUCUUAAGGACACAUAUCUCCCCUUUUUUGUGUGUGCUCAUAGAUUUGAAUGCAUUUUACUAUUAAGAAAUAAGUGGCUGGAUAAAUUAAGAAAUUGACUACACUUCCAACAGCAAUGAAUAGCAAGAUGCCCAAUGCCUUGUUGUUGAAUCUAAUGAACAGACAGACUGCACAUUUAUUCCUUGCUCAUUUACUUCCCCAGCCAAAAUUUUAGGAGUUUAAAACUGCUCUUUAACCACUGACCUGGACGACAAUUUCUAAUUUAUUAUUGGGUUACUCACCUGGAAAACAACCACCAUCUUUCAUCACAACUACCCCAUGGGAUCCAGAUCUUUGAGUAUGAAAUCACGCUGCACAGAUUGCACUAAAAUAGUACCAUAACCACUCACAGUUUCCAGUGAUAACAUAAAUGGAGAUAAAUUUAAGCAGAUGUGUCAUUAUGGUGACUUACAUGGUAUUAAUCUUUAAGAAAAUGAAAUUGAAUGUUUUCAUCAUAGCAAACAUUGUAAAGAAAAUUUCUAUUUAUAUUAAAUUAUAUCCCCAAUGUAUUAAUUAAUAUAUAUAUUACUGUUCAAAGAAGCACCUAGAGUAAUGUGCAUAAUUUGAAUUUACCCAUCUAUCCAAAAUACUGACUUGUCGAUUCUCUCCCCAACCCCCCAUCCAAAAAAUUUCACAUUAGCCUAAAUGUACAUAUAUAGGUAGGCUAUUUACACAUAGAUGUAUUCUGUUUUAAGGUGAAAGAAUGAUUCUUUACUUUUUAUUAUGCUGAACCAUACGUAAUUGCCAUUUCU